CAAAGUCCACUGCCUAUUGCUAGGGAGCCAACGAAUGCUAGACACACAAGACCUACAAACGAUCUGGGUAUGUACUACACAAUUAAUUCAACUCAGAUGUUUAUAUCGAAGUUUUCUGACGCCGAGUGAUGCAGAACGCGAUCAUGAUUAUCAGCCAUGUAUUCAGUUUGCUUUUACUACUCCGUUUGUCAAUGAUUCCCGCUAAGGAGCUACCUAUCGGCCGGUCACUCUGGGUUAUACCUUUACCUAAUCACGGUAGGAUUGUCACUACCCCAACCACCGAGUGUGAUUCCAAGCGCUCUAGAUAAGCAUCUUAACCUGGGCAGAGCCAGACAGCUUAGUACCUGAGUUAUCACAUUCAAGACAAAAGCAGCCUCGGAUGACCCGUGGUCGAGUUAGAAAUAGCCGCCAGGAUCGGGCUAUACCGGCCUCAGUCUACGAAUGUAGGUCAUGUCACCACAGUAGCCUCGCCUCCACUCCUUCUAUACGCAACUACAGGGGUAUGUCAAUCUUGGUCCGCCGUCAGCCUUGUGCCAUGCAGCACGGCGCCAACGCAGCCGAGCUUGGUAGGCUCCUCGAGGCCUUUUCCUCCGGCGCUUGUAAUACGUAGCAGUAUCUCUAAGAAUAGAUAUAGGUUGCAGUCUGGCGUGUGGGCUAGAUGCGCUUGAACUCACUUGAUAAUAGGCCCUUUAAUAGUUACUAUACACACUAGUGCCUACUCUCCCAAGCAUUGAAGCAAGGCUGGGACCCCCUCAAACGCGUAUUGACCCG